AUGGGGAACUGCUGCUGCUGGGGCGCGCGGAUCAAGGAUGGGAGCUCUCACCCUGGCGCCUCAGGAAUAUUCUCGAAGAGUAGUGGUAAGGAUGGGAGUAGGCUUAGCGGCUGUAGUAGUCGAGCCUCUUCAGCUUCCAUGCCACCAAGUGCCAAGACUGAAUGCGAAAUACUGCAAUCCGCCAAUGUUAAGGUCUUCACCUUCAAUAAUCUCAAGGCAGCCACAAGGAAUUUCCGUCCUGAUAGUGUUCUAGGUGAAGGAGGGUUUGGAUCUGUCUAUAAAGGAUGGAUCGAUGAGAACACAUUAUCACCUUGCAGGCCUGGCACUGGAAUUGCUGUUGCUGUGAAAAAACUCAACCAUGAGGGUUUGCAAGGGCACCGAGAGUGGUUGGCGGAAGUUAACUACCUAGGUCAGUUCUGUCAUCCCAACCUUGUCAAGCUGAUUGGAUACUGCGUAGAGGAUGAGCACCGACUGCUAGUAUACGAGUUCAUGCCCCGUGGGAGCUUGGAAAAUCAUCUGUUUAGGAGAGGCUCAUACUUCCAACCUCUGUCAUGGAACCUUAGAAUGAAGGUUGCACUUGGAGCAGCAAAAGGACUGGCUUACCUUCAUAGUGCAGAGGCAAAAGUUAUUUACCGAGAUUUUAAGACUUCCAACAUCCUCCUUGACACAGAUUAUUCUGCGAAGCUUUCUGAUUUUGGAUUGGCUAAGGAUGGUCCUGUUGGUGAGAAGAGCCAUGUGUCCACAAGAGUUAUGGGAACAUAUGGUUAUGCCGCUCCUGAGUAUCUUUCAACGGGUCACCUAACUACAAAGAGCGACAUCUAUAGCUUUGGAGUAGUGCUUCUGGAGAUGCUGUCAGGCCGUCGUGCCAUCGACAAGAACCGCCCCCAGGGUGAGCACAAUCUUGUGGAGUGGGCUAGACCUUACCUCACACAUAAGCGCAAGAUAUUCCGCAUCCUGGAUACAAGGCUGGAAGGUCAAUACAAUCUCAACAGUGCGCAAACAAUUGCUGCCCUUGCUCUUGAAUGCCUAUCCUACGAAGCUAAGAUGAGGCCGACUAUGGAUGCUGUGGUCACUAUUCUACAAGAGAUCCAAGACUCCGGUGAAGCCGAGAAGCAUCAAGAACCCAAGGCUGGAACCAAACAGGCACCUGCUGCUGUGAAUGCUAGCAAGAGCACUCGCAAGCCUCGCCGGAGAAGCCUGGCAGGCACAAAGGAGACUGUUGGUCCAAAUCCAAAACCAUUGGCCCAUUCUCGUUAG